AUGGGUGCCGGAGGAUCUAAAGAAGAACAGCCCAAGUCACGGGUGUUUGUGCCCCAGACGCCCGUCGAGUUUUCCUCGUCGUUGAUUAACUCGUUGGAGUCGAGUUUGGAGUCCGACUACACACGCUCCCAGUCCGCCGGACAGCUCGUCCAGCAAAAGGUGUCGGAGGAGCUGGCCAAGGUCCAGUACCAGGCCCAGGAAGCUCUUGCCCUCGCCAAGAAGAACCUCGAGCAGGCCGAGAAGAACGAGGUGGCCGAAACCGACUCGGUGUCGUCCUCCGACCUUGCCGCCAAGUUCGAGGCUCUCAAAACCAAGUUCGAAACCAGCACAUAUGUCACCGAGCUCGACAAGGAGACCAACUCUGUGCGAGAGACUCUGGUCAAGUGUCUACAGGACAACAAGGGCCGACCUCUGGACUGUUACGAGGAGGUUGAGCAGUUCAAGGCCAAGUUGCGAACCCUUGCUUAG